UAUUAGGGAAUUAGUUCCCUAGUAGAACGAUAAAAGAAAACAAAAUAUUAAUCAUGAAAAUAAAUAAGGAAUGGGAAGCUUCGGGGGAUUCAAAUCAAUCACGGUCAUGAUGACGUGGACGGCUGUGAUUCAUUCGCAAAAAACACCAAUCAACGAUGGGUGGGGCCCACUUACGUCCCUUUAUUUAUUUUGAUCCAAUUCCAAACUCCAAACUCCAAACCCAAAACUUUAUCUGAUCAAUCAAAAUAUCUCUCUUCGCCGGGAAACGUCAUGGCCACCGGCACCGUCACCCUCCUCCUAUCUCUUCUUGCUCUCUCUGUAAUCGCCUCCGGUAGCCGGGAACUAGUCGGAGAUGUUCUCCGAUUGCCCUCUCAAGCUUCCAGAUUUUUCCGACCUGCUAAUUCUGCUGCCGACGAUGCUGAUUCCGUCGGGACCAGAUGGGCUGUUCUGAUUGCUGGUUCAGAUGGGUAUUGGAAUUACAGGCAUCAGGCUGACAUAUGUCAUGCUUACCAACUCUUGAAGAAAGGUGGUUUAAAGGAUGAGAACAUUGUUGUGUUUAUGUAUGAUGAUAUAGCUUCCAAUGAAGAGAACCCAAGGCCUGGAGUCAUUAUUAACCACCCACAUGGGGGUGAUGUCUAUAAAGGUGUUCCAAAGGAUUAUACUGGUGAAGAUGUCACUGUUGGGAACUUUUUCGCCGCCAUUCUCGGAAAUAAAACUGCCAUUAAAGGGGGUAGUGGGAAGGUUGUAGAUAGUGGUCCCAAUGAUCAUAUCUUUGUCUACUACUCUGAUCAUGGUGGUCCUGGUGUUCUUGGAAUGCCUACCGUUCCUUACCUUUAUGCUGAUGAACUGAAUGAAGUUUUAAAAAAGAAGCAUGCUUUAGGGACCUACAAAAGCUUGGUGUUUUACCUUGAAGCUUGUGAAUCUGGAAGUAUCUUCGAAGGUCUUCUCCCUGAGGGUUUGAAUAUCUAUGCAACCACUGCUUCGAAUGCAGAUGAAAGCAGUUGGGGUACUUACUGCCCUGGAGAGGAUCCCAGUCCCCCACCAGAAUACGAAACCUGUUUGGGCGAUUUGUACAGUGUUGCUUGGAUGGAAGACAGUGAUGUACACAAUAUGCGGACGGAAACUUUGCAUCAGCAAUAUGAAUUGGUUAAGAAGAGGACAUCCAGUGAUAAUUCUGCUUAUGGGUCUCAUGUGAUGCAAUAUGGGGAUGUUGGGCUUAGCGAAAACAGUCUCUUCAACUAUAUUGGUACAAAUCCUGCAAAUGACAAUUUUACUUUUGUGGACGAGAACUCUUUGAGGCCACCUACAAAAGCCGUUAACCAGCGUGAUGCUGAUCUCGUCCAUUUCUGGGAUAAGUUUCGAAAGGCUCCUGAAGGCUCACCAAGGAAAAUCAAAGCCCAGAAGGAGUUUCUUGAAGCAAUGUCACACAGAAUGCAUUUAGAUGAGAGUGUGAAACUUGUUGGAAAGCUCUUGUUUGGAAUUGAGAAUGGUCCAGAGGUUCUCAACGCCGUUCGCUCUUCUGGACUUCCACUUGUUGAUGAUUGGAAAUGUCUCAAGACACUGGUGAGGACAUUUGAGACACACUGUGGAUCUCUGUCCCAUAUGUAGGGCUGAGUCAAGGCGGGUUGCCACUGUAAUCGACUGAAGAUUACUUCAUAAUACUCUAAGCCGCGCUACAUAUGAAAAUAAACCAAUGUUCCCAUAACCAGGUCUCAAAGUUUGGGACCUGGUUCCCAUAACCAGGUCUCAAAGUUUGGGACCUAAUGUUCGUCUACCUACUGAAGAGGAGUUGUUCGGAAUGCCAAUGCCUCCAACACAGACGUUUCAACCUCAAAUGUCUGGAGGUGGGUUUGCUUCAUCUUCACAGCCUGGGAAUUUCCAAUAUCACCAAGCGCAACAGUGUCCUAUUCCAUUUAUGUAUCCUUUGUCAUCACCUCAUCAAAUGUCCCCUUUUCCUUGGCUGUCAUCGCCGAUGUCACAGUUGCAGGUAAAUUAUAUGCAACAGACACCAGAAAUGCAUCAAACUCAACAAAUGCAACAACAACCACUGCAAAUGUAUCAACAACCUUUUAUGCACCAGAUACCAUCGAUGCAGCAAACACCACAGAUGCAGCAUACACCACAGAUACAGCAGCAACCUUCCAUGCAGCACACACCACAGAUGCCACAACAACCUCCCAUGCAACACACACCACAAAUGCAGCAACAGACACCACAGAUGCACCAAAUGCAUUUGAUGCAGCAGAUGCCACAUUUGCAACAGAUGCCUUCUAUGCAGCAGACACCUCAUAUGCAGCAGAUGCCUUCGAUGCCAUCGAUGCAUCACAUGCCACCAGCGUCUUAGAUGCAACAAUCGUCAUCGAUGCCAUCAAUGCAACAUAUGCCCCACACACAGUAGUUGUACUACCCGCAAAUGCCAAAAGUAUUGCAGUAGCCUUACUAUCCACAAAUGCCGCAAAUUCCACAACAGCAGUCUUGAGAGAAUGGUGAUGAAGAUGAGGAGGAGUCCACACAAUUGGGAUUAUAGUAUUGUUAUUUGUGACUAUAUAAAUAUUGUUUAUUUGAACACUUAUUUUAGUUGUUGUAUGAAUGUGACAAUAUAAGUAUUGUUUAUUUGAACA